UGCAAGAGCUUGAUACUCGGGACAUGGGAGGUAAGAUAUGCCCUUCUGCGUAGUGUGUAUAUAGUUAUAUACUGACAAUUCCUUAUUAGAGCUAAAGCGUCCUAUCACAGACCUUGAAACCUCAUUUAGAGAGUUCAAGAAUUGUGAGCAGAUGGUUUGCCAGUCUUUAGGCCAGGAGGACAAGUUGCCUGCCUACCUAGUCAGACCAUCGGGAUCGCUAGACUCACUGCUGGCACAUCGGUUGAACCAGCCAUCUUUUACCGCAUCCCAGCCAGAGGAUGGUGAAACGGCAGACCCUUCGAAUGGAUGCAUUGCUAUGGUGAUGGGCAAUGCCUAUGAACCUGGAAAAACGCUGGUCUUUGACCACAUCCAUCGAAGAGAUGCCCGAUCCGAAGGGAUUGAGAAAUACCACCCGGAACUCCUCAAUUGCCACGAGGAGUACACGGACAAGAUUGGCCAGUCCAUGAUGGCCAAGGUUGAAAUACUCUAUGGCGAAAAAGUUCAGAGUCGUGUCCUUACCAACGGACUAAACUUUGAGGUACUACCUCUGUGGGGUGAAUUCGAAGGGGUGUCGCUUUUACUGGUCUUCGAAAACAGCUACCGCAACAAGGACCUACGUUUUGAGUUGUGGCGAAUCAUGCUGAUUGCAUACCACCCUCAGUUCAUGUUUUACCAGAGUCGGAACAACGAUUGCGCCACACGACAGGACAAGACGAUGGUUGCCGCGGCUCGGAUGGUUGGGAAUGCUGUCCCUUUGGUGGAUCGCUAUUUCGCAGACAAGAUAUGGUUGAAGUGUGUGCCAAGUACUUUCCGUCAGAGAGAAAUGAGGCUCCUCGGGCAGGUCCUUGAGAAAGAUCACCGCAUGCCUGCGGCAACCGUUCUUGAAGAGGAUGACGAUAGUCUCGUGGUGGACCAAUCCAAGUCGGAAACCGAAGGCGCCUGGCAGGCUUAUUUCGUCAAGAAGCCUCACAGUAAUGACGACUUAAGGAAACUUAUACCGUUGGCGCUGGACUCUUUGGAUACGUGCACGACUGAGGAGGACUGGAAACUGCCUACGGAUCUCCCCGAUCCCGUCCUAGAAUGA